UUCAUUACAUCGCAGUUUGACUUUUGCGAAUCGAAUUUGUUUUUGUUGUGUUGGUUCAUUUCGGUGAGAUACGGGACAUAUUUUGCAGCUUAAAAAUAGAAAAUUGAAGUUUUUUUUUUCUGCAAAUGAAAAAUGCCUCCACCGAUUCCAAUGAGCGAGGCCGAUCCAUGUUGGAAAGAAAGACAACUGAUGUACAAAUGUUUGGAUGAGAAUAACUACGACAAAGACAAAUGUGAGGCAUACGUAAAAAAUGGAAAAUACUGCAAGAAAUUCUGGGUAAAUUUUCCUUCGAAGAGUUUCCAUUCACGUUUCAGUUCGGCUAUCGCUGAUGACCGUAAGCAGAAAAUGAUUUUCCCAUCGAUGCCCAUUGGCGAAGAGCGUGAAAAAAUCCGAGAGGAAUGUAUGAAGAAUUACAAAAAGCCAACCAUUCACAUAAAAUCGCAAUAGCAGACUUAGUUACGAAAUUGUUUCCUUCCUUCUUUCUGUAGAACAAUGUUGUAUUGAAUUUUGAAUGAAUGUUUCAAUACCGAAACGGAAUAUUCUCUUUUUUGAUUGUUUUUAUUUAUUUCGAUUAAAUACAAAUAUUGGAAAGAGGAUUUUAAA